AUGGCCCACACCGAAGCCGUGUACCUGCACGACGCCUCUCUAAGGACUCUAACCACAGAGAUCUUAGCCUACCAGCCCACCGCCUCACUACCAGAGAAUGAGCAAGCGCUGGCCCGUAACCUCAACUCUGGCAGCGCAGCCAUCACCACACGGCAAACCAUCUUCUACCCUCAAGGUGGCGGGCAGCCCAGCGACACGGGCAGCAUAGCACCACCAGACCAGGAGCCCGUCUUCAACGUGACCCUCGUCCGCAAGGGUGACAACGGACGUAUUUUGCAUUUCGGGGAAACACUCCACCCCACCAACUCCUCUUCCUUGGCGACAGGCCAGCUAGUCGUUCAGAGCAUCAAUGGCCCCGCACGCGACUACCACUCCCGGCUCCAUACGGCGGGCCACAUCCUGGAUCUGGCCAUGCAGAUCCUGAUGCCGGAGAUGAAGAAUAUCAAGGCGAAUCAUUUCCCAGGCGAGGCAUCCUUGGAAUAUAAGGGUUUGGUUUACGGCGACCGCAAACCAUUGAUCCAAGAGAAAGUCGAUGAGUUGGUGCGCCGCGAUCUGCCUGUUCUUAUUUCCUGGCUGGAAGAGGAUUGUCACACCCGCGUGGCUAGUAUCGGUGGCCUCGAUCAGACCCCUUGUGGUGGCACGCAUGUUGAACGGACGGGUCUUGUUGGCUCGGUUGUCGUGCGCAAGAUUAGUCGGCAGAAGGGUGUUAGUCGUGUCUCUUACGAUGUAUCUCCUGAUGCCCACUAG